AUCGCUGAAACACACUCAGUCUGCUCAGUCAGUCAUCUGCUUAGCACAAACAAAUUUUGUUGUGCUUUUUCUUUUGGAUUUACAUCAAAUCGACAAUUAGCACAGUAAGCAUGGACAUUCUCUGCGUCCGAACACUGGGAGAGAAUCUUAAAUCGUUAGUUGGUCGCAACGUCGUGUUGAUAGGCUUUGUUCAGAGCGUUCACAGCAGCAACUCGUCGAUUAAUCUGCGAACCACAGACCAGAUCAUUGUCAACGUCACUUUCCCGGACAGCCUGCCGGACGCUCCAACUGGGUACAUUCAAGUGUGGGGAACUGUUGAGAACCAAUGUACUGUCAACGCUGAGGAUUACUGGCAGUUCACAAGUGAGCAACCCUUUGAUGAAAAAUCAUACAAUGGCGCUGUUCAAGCUAUGACUGCACUGAAGGAUUACGUCCACAGUCCACAAAGUUUAGAUUAACUGUAAUUUGUAAAUAAAAUAGGGAUUUAUGAUGAA